AGGGGAGGGAUGGAUGCCGAGAUUUGGGCACCCGGGGAAGAAUGUCUCCUUUCAACUUUGUCCGUGGCUGGCACCCACCCCCCGGAGAAGGCCACACGCCGGUUUGUGGGGUGCAGAUGCGCCGAGAGUGAUCUCUAAGUAGUGGAGUUGCUGAGAUCAGGGUAUGACUGCUCAUGGAAGGCAGGUUUUGUUUUCAUUGAUGAAUCCGGUGUCAUCAGAUGCCGGUCCUACGCCGAAAUAUUCUUUGUUUAGGUCUCCAAGUAGAGGGUCUCACUCUGCACGUCCACAUUGUGUUGUUUUUAAAGGAUGUCUUUGCAUGUAAUGGCUCUCUAAGCAUGUCAGAUGGGAAUUAAGGGUCCGGGCCUGUGUGGGCCUCAGCACUGGCCUUGACAGUGAACUUUGUGGCUUGUGUUUUGGAUUUCAAAGAUCUGCCCCAGAGCCCGGGAGCGAGCUGUGUGUUCAUUUUUUAAUAGUAGGUGUUAGGAAUGUGGAUGCUUUAGCUGGGGACUUUAGAGAAGGAAGAACAUUUGUAUAUUAAUAAUUGAUAGCUGAAUAUUAGAAUCAGAUUAAUUUGGACUGUGGAAAGUUUUUUUUUUUUUUUUUUUUUAAAGCAGUGUGUGCACUCUAGGAAGGAAGCCUUCUCAUAGGCAGACUUUAUAGGGGUUCUUUAGGGCAGAGAGCCGGAAUAUCUCCUUUUAUAGAGGGUUCUUCUCAUCGACAUCUGUAGUUUCAUUGAGGGCCUGGUAAAGAAACUGAAAUCGGGCCUGAGACCUAAGUGUACUUUUCAGUGUUCAUGUUGUUUGUUUACAUUUGGGUAUUCACUCCUGUUUGGGCAGUAGAAAUAAAUAGGUCAGCUUUUCUUUGGGUUUUGAAGACUAGUCUCCUUCUCCCCUCCUUUUUCCCCUCCCCCCUUUUAAAAAGUUUCACAAUUUACUUCGUUUCACGAUUUUGUAGGAAACUGUUACCCCAUUUUUAUUGGAAAUACUGUUUUCAUUUUGAUUUUGGGAGCAAGAGUGCUGAAGGAGGGCCAGUUUCCCCCAAAUUGGUUUCUUUACUGCAGGACUUCUCAGAACCUUUAAUAUGCUAAUGUGCAUUGUGAAUCUCCAAGAGGGGGAUAUGAUAUGCAGCAUUCUUGAAUACUUCUAAUGACAGGGAGCCCACUACCUCAUAAGCUGCAGUGAGAAGAGGAGUUUGUUAUUUUAAACGGAGGCUGAAGAAACUAUAGAAUUAGCAGAUAUAAGAGAAAGUUGAGAAGGUGGAGGAUGGAGUUGCAGACUCUACAGGAAGCUCUUAAAGUGGAAAUUCAGGUUCACCAGAAACUGGUUGCUCAAAUGAAACAGGAUCCACAGAUAUUUUUUCUUUCCAAUCAGAAUGCUGAUUUAAAGAAACAACUUCAUGAACUCCAAGCCAAAAUCACAGCUUUGAGUGAGAAACAGAAAAGGGUCGUUGAACAGCUUCGGAAGAACCUGAUAGUAAAGCAGGAACAACCAGACAAGUUCCAAAUACAGCCAUUGCCACAAUCUGAAAACAAACUACAAACAGCACAGCAGCAACCACUACAGCAGCUACAGCAACAACAGCAGUACCACCACCACCACGCCCAGCCGGCGGCACCCUCUCCCAACCUGACCGCUUCACAGAAGACUGUAACUACAGCUUCUAUGAUUACCACAAAGACACUACCUCUCGUCUUGAAAGCAGCAACUGCAACCAUGCCUGCCUCUGUUGUGGGCCAGAGACCUACCAUUGCUAUGGUGACCGCCAUCAACAGUCAGAAGGCUGUGCUCAGCACUGAUGUGCAGAACACACCAGUCAACCUCCAGACGUCUAGUAAGGUCACUGGGCCUGGGGCAGAGGCUGUCCAAAUUGUGGCAAAAAACACGGUCACUCUGCAGGUUCAGGCAACACCUCCUCAGCCCAUCAAAGUACCACAGUUUAUCCCUCCUCCUAGACUCACUCCACGUCCAAACUUCCUUCCACAGGUUCGACCCAAGCCUGUGGCCCAGAAUAACAUUCCUAUUGCUCCAGCACCUCCCCCUAUGCUUGCAGCUCCUCAACUUAUCCAGAGGCCUGUUAUGCUGACCAAGUUUACCCCCACAACCCUCCCUACCUCCCAAAAUUCCAUCCAUCCCGUCCGUGUCGUCAAUGGGCAGACUGCAACCAUAGCCAAAACGUUCCCUAUGGCCCAGCUCACCAGCAUUGUGAUAGCUACUCCAGGGACCAGACUGGCUGGACCUCAGACUGUACAGCUUAGCAAGCCAAGCCUUGAAAAACAGACAAUUAAAUCUCACACAGAAGCAGAUGAGAAACAAACAGAGAGCCGCACCAUCACUCCACCUGCUGCACCCAAACCAAAACGGGAGGAGAACCCUCAGAAACUUGCCUUCAUGGUGUCUCUAGGAUUGGUAACACACGACCAUCUAGAAGAAAUCCAAAGUAAGAGGCAAGAGCGAAAACGAAGAACAACGGCAAACCCCGUGUACAGCGGAGCGGUCUUUGAGCCUGAGCGUAAGAAGAGUGCAGUCACCUACCUGAACAGUACAAUGCACCCUGGGACCCGGAAGAGAGGUCGUCCUCCAAAAUACAGUGCAGUGCUGGGGUUUGGAGCCCUUACCCCAACAUCCCCCCCAUCCAGUCAUCCUGACUCCCCUGAAAAUGAAAAGACAGAGACCACAUUCACUUUCCCUGCACCUGUUCAGCCUGUGUCCCUGCCCAGCCCCACCUCCACAGACGGUGAUAUCCAUGAGGAUUUUUGCAGCGUUUGCAGAAAAAGUGGUCAGUUGCUGAUGUGUGACACGUGUUCCCGUGUGUAUCAUCUGGACUGCUUAGACCCUCCUCUGAAAACAAUUCCCAAGGGCAUGUGGAUCUGUCCCAGAUGUCAGGACCAGAUGCUAAAGAAAGAAGAAGCAAUUCCAUGGCCUGGAACUUUAGCAAUUGUUCAUUCCUAUAUCGCCUACAAAGCAGCUAAAGAAGAAGAGAAACAGAAGUUACUUAAAUGGAGUUCAGAUUUAAAGCAGGAACGAGAACAGCUAGAGCAGAAGGUGAAACAGCUCAGCAGUUCUAUAAGUAAAUGCAUGGAAAUGAAGAACACCAUCCUGGCCCGGCAGAAGGAGAUGCACAGCUCCCUGGAGAAGGUGAAGCAGCUGAUCCGCCUCAUCCACGGCAUUGACCUCUCCAAACCCGUAGACUCUGAGGCCACUGUGGGGGCCGUCUCCAACGGCCCGGACUGCACCCCCCCUGCCAACGCCGCCACCUCCACGCCAGCCCCCUCCCCCUCCUCGCAGAGCUGCACAGUGAACUGUAACCCGGGGGAAGAGACUAAAUAACAGCGCCCUGCCAGAAGCCACGGGAUCCCGGCGGCCAGGAGAGCAGAACACUGAAGACUCUAGGAAAGCAAAGCCGGAUUUCUUCUGGAAAGUACAGAAUUCUUUUGGUUCUUUGGUUCCAGAGAGAGAGAAGAUGCUUGUGCCAGGUGGCACCAGAGUUUGCCAAUUGAUCCUUCUUAUUCUGUGUGUACAUGCAAAGAUUGGACCAUGUUACAUGAAAUAGUGCCAGCUGGAGGUUCUUUGCCAGCACCAUGCCAAGUGAAAUAAUAUAUUUACUCUCUCUAUUAUACACCAGUGUGUGCCUGCAGCAGCCUCCACAGCCACGAUGGGUUUGUUUUUGUUUUGUUGGGUGGGGAGCAGGGACGGGCGGAGGGAGGAGAGCAGGUUUCAGAUCCUUAUUUGCCGAGCCGUUUGUUUAGGUAGAGAAGACAAGUCCAAAGAGUGUGUGGGCUUUCCCUGUUUCUAAACUUUCACUACUAUAAAACCAAAAAAAGGAAAUCGAGAUUUAACCAACCCCAGUGCCCAGAGGAGGGAUGGGGAGGGGACGGGAGGGAGCCGGGGUGGGAAAAGUAUAUCAAAUAAGCAGUAUUUCUUAAUUGUGUGUGGUGGGCCGCAGCGUGGGGAGAGCUGGGCACAAGGACAGCCAUCGGGUUCUUCUCGGAGCGCUCGCUCCCCCGCCGCCGUGGGCGCCCCACCGCUCCCCAGGCUCCUUCCCUGCUCUGGCAAACGUGGACGGUGGGUCCCUUCCCUCUCCCAGAACAAGCAGAGCCAGGCUCAGCCAGCCCUCGCCCAGGGCGGGGAGAAGGGUGUGUGCGUGUCAAGGAAGGAAAAAAGGUGGAUCAGUGAUUUUACUUGAAAACAAGCUCCAUCCCUUUCUAUAUUUAUAAAAGGAGAUCCUGAGCGCAGCCGCACACGGCCAGGUGUGUGUGAGUUGAAUGGAGACGUCUCUCUUUUUCUUUUUUUAAUUUUUGUUUUUGUUCUUUAUUUUCUUUAUUAAAAAAAAAAGUUUUAUUUUAUUGUUUAUUUUACUUUUUUUGGUAACAAAGACUAAACUAAGGAAUAGAAAAGCUGUUUUUCAGGCUGACAGUCAGCUAAGGGUAGUCGAGACCUUGCAUGGUAGAAUAGGAGCCAUAGUGUCAGUGAGGUCCAGUGAGUCUGUGUGAGUCCUUGUGUCAUCGUCGGGCACUGUUUUUUUUAUGCAAGGGCAAAAUCUUUGUAUCUGGGGAAAACAACUUUUUUUUAAAUUAAAAAAAAAAAGAAAAAUAAAAGAUAUUGAGGUCUUCCUAGUGUUACUUAAAUUAAGAUCAAGGUAAGAAACAUUGUAAAAAAAAAAUUACAAAAGUGCUAUUUGUUUCCUAAAAACAGUGAUUUCUAUUAAAAAAGGUGUCAGAACUGGAGAAAA